GUGUUGUUGCCCCUCAGGUCCAGUGGAGCCCUAGCUGUGAAUUUCAACACAAAGACCUCAGGAUGGACACUUGGCUUAGGAACCACGAGGAAAGGUGUGGAUCUGAACGCUCAGGGGAGUGUGAAUGGAACUCCUCUGCUGGAGGUAGACGUGGAGUCCUUUGAUGAAAAGCCAUGGAAGAAACCAGGUGCGGACCUCACUGAUUACUUCAACUAUGGCUUUAACGAGGAGUCAUGGAAGAUCUACUGUGACAAACAGAGGAGGGUUCGCAUGAGUCUGGAGGUCAUGAGUUUAGGAUCAUCCAAAGCUCUGGGGCGAACAAGUUACCAUAGUGACCGCUCCCUCUCCAAGUCAGACAGCUUCUAUGAUUCGGCUUCCAGCUCAUCAAGCAGGAAAUUGAGCAACUCCAUCAAUGUCAUCGGAGGACAGUCAGGAACCAUCAGCAGAGUAGAAGGGCGCAGAAGACACAAUGCGGAUGGAAGUCAAAUCCAGGUGAUCUCAGAGCCGUCCUCUGAUGGUGAGACCACGCCCACCAAGAUGCCUUUCUUCCCUCCGAACAUCCCCCCUCCCCCUCUGUGCUCCUCCCCCCUCUCUGAUCAUGUCACUGGACAGGGCUGGGAGAGAUGGAGGGAGAGAGAGAUAGUAAAACUCGGCAGUCUUUGCCAGGGGGUAUUUAUAGACGUGUGUGUGUGUGUGUGUGUGGAGCAGCACCUGUGGGAAAGGAGGCCUUUUGGACCGCACUUCCCAUCACCCCCUCACCCCGACGGGAAGCCUUCAAUCGGAAGUGGGGCGGGGCGCCAGGCCCACGGAUGGCUGGACUCCUCUCGCCAAUAUCACAGCCGCCCCGGAGGAGGAGGCUACGACGCCCGCUCCGCCCCGCCCUUUCCAUUCCCAGCAGGUGUGUACCCACCUAUGCUGGGGGGCAUGGCCUCGUGGCCCGGCCUGAUUGACAGCGCCAAGGCCUGGGAGUACUACGCCCGACGGGACAGCGGGCGAGAGCGCGAGAGGGACCACGAGAAGGUCAGGGAGAGGGGGCACGAGAGAGAUCGAGAGCGAGACCGGGAGAGGGAGAGGGAGAAGGAGAAGGAUAGAGACAGGGAGAGGGAGAAAGAGAAAGAGAGGGAGCGCAGCCUCUCCUCCCCAUCACAUAACAGUGAUGAGGAGCGCCAGCGUCACAGGGACCACGGUGAGCGGGGACACGACAGGCAUCGGGAGCGGUCCAGUCGGGAGAAGGAGGAGAGACAAAGAGAGAGGAGACAUCGCCAAAAGGACGAGGGACGACACAAGUUCUCACGCAGCAGCAGCAGCAGUAGCAGGAGGAAGAGGCACAGCAGUGAGGAGGGUCAGAUCACCAGGAGGUCCCGGCACAAACGGCAGAAGCACAGCCACGAGAGCAGAGAGACCAAUGAGGAGCCGAGCGCUGACCAGGAGAACCAAUCAGAGGCGGCCGAGUGACAUUCCAGUCAGGACACCAACCAAUGAGAGGAGCCUGGGAGUCACUCUCCUGCCCUUGGCACAGCCAAUCAAAGCACACGCUCAGUACGAGCCAUAUUUUUUCUGUUACAUUGCCAGCCUUAAAUGAAAGUAUAAGUUGAAAUGUGCUUUAUUAUUUAUGAGAGGGAGAAGAAGAAAAAAAAACUUGAAAAUCAUUUUUAAUUUAUUCAUUUAAUUCAAUUACAAGAGCACUGCUCUGAUGCGCCAAAACUGUUCAGGGGUGUUUUAAGUUAUUAAUACCCUAGGAAGGAUGUAGAUUUUGUUUUAUUACAAGGAUAAUUAUUUAUAAAUGUUUUGAUUCAA